ACAGUGUUGUUCGAGAAAGAAGUAGACGCAUCUGUCACAGAAGCGCGUCGUGGAGAGUUUAUAUAUUUCUGGGUUUCACGGCUGUCCAUUUCAGAAAGGGAAACUACGGAGAAAUACAUGAUUUGGGGGUGUUUGACAACUCAGAUACCAAGAUGAUGGAUGUGACUGUGAAAACCCUUGACGGGCAGAACAGGAACUACAGUCUCCCGGAAACUAUUACAGUACGAGACUUUAAAGAAAGGAUCGCAAAUUCAAUUAACAUUCCUGCUGACACACAGAGGCUGAUCUUCCAUGGGAAAGUUAUGCAAGAUGACAAGAUGCUCAAGGACUAUGAUGUCCAUGGCAAGGUGAUCCACGUAGUCCAGCGAGCUCCCCCCUCGGCACGAACCACCGCCUCCACCACCUCCAGCUCCUCAACAGCAACGGGGGCCACGGCAGGGGGGACAGGGCCAGGAGGGUCAAGUGUCCUUGUUGGGUCGUUCACCUUGCCCUCCGAGGUCCUUGACCCCAACCAGGUUCAGAACAUAGUUCAACAAGCCAUUGCUGGGAUGGGGGACAACUGGAGAAAUGCGCGUGUGUCCACAAGAGCUUCAACUGAUGGCUCCUCGCUCGAUGUUCACAUCAACCUUGGUCAAGUUCCUGCCUCUGCCCUAGCCAAUGGGGCUCAGUUGAGGUUGACCCAGGCCAGACAGAUGCUGGACAUCGCUAGAGAGGCUGUCAACAAACUAGAGGCUCCCCCUGGUGAGCAGCAAGCUGAGAACAUGGAAGGACAAGACGAAAAUCAAAAUCGUCAGCAACCACCAGCAACCAGUGAUUCCAACGAAGAGUCUGAUAUGGACACAUCCUCUCCAAGUGGAGCCGCUGCUGAUUCAACCAGCCAAUCAGAAGCUAAGGAAAAGACACCAGCAGCCAACAGCCAAUCACAAGCCAAGGAAGAUACACAAGCAACCAGCAGCCAAUCAGAAGCCAGGGAAGAUACACCAGCAGCUGACAGCCAAUCAGAAGUGAGGGAAGAUACACCGGCAGCUGACAGUGCAUCUAAUCAAGCCAAUGGGCAACAGAGGAGAGACACUGAGGCUCCCAGGUUGACAUCGAUGUCGGACUUGCUGGGUGACGUGAUGGAGCUGCACGGCCGCCUGCAGCCCCACGUAGCCCGACUACGCGACCUUAUGGCCGAGGACAUGGAACUACAGAAUGAUCAAGUACAGGAACCCCAGCGGAUGUACAACCUGGUGUCGGAAGCUCUUCAUGCCAUCAGCCACACCUAUCACAACCUUAGCGACCUGAUGGUUGACAUGGCAACGCCCCCUCCUCGACGCAUGUACACAGCACCCACUCAACCACUGAUGCCCGGGAUUCCCCAUCAGGGUAUUCCAGUCAGGGCCCAGUUCAGUGUGGGGUCUCCACGCCUUGUGAGAAGAACAGUGACGACAACACAGCCUCGACAAGAGGCAUCAACGCCGCAGAGUGGCACUACAACAUCUGCAACAGUAACAUCAUCAUCAUCAUCAUCUACAACAACUACAUCACAAUCCAAUGUGCCCCCUUCGUCAACUGGGUCAAUAGGGCCCCUACCCCCAGGCUUCCUGUCUGGCACUGGUAACAACCCGUACGUGUAUGUAGAGGUAGGACCAGACUCCGUCACCGUCAACAGCAUCUCCACCCAGAUCAUCGGCAACGACAGUAGCAGUAAUGGAGACAGACAAAGAAAUAAUGGCACCACAGGGACCACCUCUGCCAGCUCCUCCAGUACUACGACAACAACGUCAUCCACGACAACAGGGGGUGCCACACCCUCGGCCCCACCCCCUCCGAUCCCUGGUCUGACUGGGAUGAACAUUCCUGGGCUACCGCCAGACAUGAUGCAGAACAUCAUCUCGUCUGUGCUGCAUCAACAUGGUCACCGCCAGGGUCAACCAGUGCAGAUCAAUGUGGUGCCAGUCCCGAUGUCGAGUCUGGGUGGACAGAUGCCUGGUGGCAUCAACAUCACCCGCGUCCUCAACCCCGCUGCCAUGUCCGCAACACCACCGACAUCAGCACCGACAUCAUCAGCCUCACAGUCGUCCCCGGCGACCACGACUACUAGUUCUGCGUCUACAACUGCAUCCACGUCGGCCUCUGCUACAGCAACUGGAUCUGCUUCAACAACUUCAGCAGGAGCAUCAUCAACUGCACAGGCAUCAGCUACAGCAUCAACUACAACAACAACAGGCCCACGCCUCGCCCCUGCUAUGAUGCUGGACGGUGUCCCGAGGCCAGUUGACCCAUACCUGCCCUGUAACUCUCAUCACUUCCUGGCCCAAAGGACCCGCAACAUGGCCACCCAGACCAGCCAGGGCCCAGAGAAUGCAUUGUCUGAUAUGGUGUCCAACCUGAUGAAUGGACUUCUAGGCAACGUUCAUCAAGGCCCCCCACGGUCAGCCCCUGCGUCAGUUGCCCCUGGGGGUCCCACCUCAACUCACCCUGCCCACGGGACAGCGUCAAGCCGAGCCACCACCCACACCACCUUCUCCCAACCUGGCUCCAUCCCUGCCAACCCCUUUGCCUCCCUGCUGCAGGGCACGUUUGGUCCCAUGCUGGGUCCCCGUGCCCCGGCGCCCCCAAGUGACACUCCAGGGAGCCCGCCUGUGCCACCCAUGAUGCAGAUGCUUCGAGACAUGCUGCAGUCAGCAAAUCCACAGAGUCAGCAGCCCGCUGCUGGUCAGCCGGCAGGUCAAGGAGAUCGACCUGCCCCAACACCGGCCCCGGGGGUCAUGUCGGACGAUGCAUUCACGCGCCUGGUGUCAGGGAUCGGGUCAUACAUGAGCCGGGCUGCCACGGGGGAGCAGGAGCAGGAUACGGUACACGACUUCCUGUCCACGCUCGGGGACUCCUACUCCAGCGGCACCGGUGAAGGGUUUAUCAAUGAGAUAUUCCAGUGUCUGUCACGACACAUCACAUUCUCCGAUUUGUUCCAAAUCUUCUUCGGACACCCUGAGCCCCUGAACCGGCUCCGCACGCCCCUCCAAGAGUUCAUCACGCGGCGGGUGUUGCGGGGGGCUGAGUACAGCGAGGCCAGUCUCCAGGAGGGUGUGGAGCAGGUCAUGCUGGACAUGGACAGCGAGAUCCAGGAGGCCGUGGCUGUGGUGACUGUGAAGGAAGGUAUCGACCUCAAGCAGUCAUUGAGGGAUCUGUUCCGCCAAAACCUGGUGAAGAUCUGCAGACAGGUGAUGGAGUCCCCAGUGAAUGAUGCGGACUUCGGGCCCCAUCUGCACGCCCGUGUGCGGAGGAUGUUGGAGGAGUUUGUGGUCCUGACACCCGACUGUCUGGUAGAGGGCGCCCCUGGCUUGGAGAGGAUGCUGCACUCUAGAUUGCGGAACUUGACGGCUGGUAUGAAUCCCCUGAUCCAGCAAUGGAUGGUUACCAUGACGUCACAGCAGCUCCACAACUUCCGUGAAGACAUCACUGUGUCGCAAUCUGAUGUUCAGCAGUACCUUGUCCGGGGGACUGCAGCCCCAGCCAAACCAUGUAGCAAAGAACGCAGCGAGUCCCCCAUGGAGACUGAGGCAGCAGCCGAGGGGGCAAGUGCUGCUCCAUCACAGGUAGUACGAAAAAAAAAGCCAGCAAUACCCCCCAAGCCAACGGGAGACAGAAAGCCCCGCACCAGCUCGACCCCCGUGUCAGCCACGUUAGAGCGAGGCAAGCGGUCCUUCAUGAAUGGAGCUGGGUCAGAUGGGGCGUCGCCAUCACACAGCGCAUCCCCAACAUCCCCACCCACAGAUGAAGAUGACUCAUGGCAGGCUGUGUUGCCAGCUGAUUGGGUCCCAAUCAUCAACCGUGAUAUUACCAGACAGCGGGAGAAUGGAGCACCACGCCCUCUCAGUGAUAUCUAUAUGCAAGGAUUGCCACCAAAGCGCAGAAGGAUGAUGGCUUUGGAGAGAGGCAGCAACUUGAACAACAUGGCCGAAUACAUCCCUGACUCCAUCAUACGAGCAGCCGCUGCAGCCGGCGUCCAACCAAUCAGCAGCCAGGAAAACCUGUCCAAUGAAGCAUCGGAAGAAAGUGAGCUGCAACAUGCUUUGGAAGAGGAAGUCCAGAGAGUUUUGACACAAAGACUUCAAAACGAUUCCGAUUACAACUCGGAUAAGUUUCCCAGUUCAAAAGAGUUCUUUAAGCAUGGUGACCGUACCUAACUUGUACUGUGUAUGUGGAUGUGCUAUUUAAGCACGCUGUGUGUUGAUCUUGUACAUACUCGUAUCUUCAGCUUUUAAAGUGGGUGUUUUAUUCAGAACACGGACAGUCCCAAUUUUAUCCAAUUUCCCCAGGGGACAAUAUUCUUUUUUAGUUUUUUUAUUAUUUUAUCAUGUUAAGAAAGAUGGAAAGUGGUUGCCAUAACCUAAACAUACAUCUGAUACAUCAACUAGGCUUGGGUGAGGGCAGUGUUUGAAAUAAACAGUAAUGAUAGGCUGGCAUCAGGACCCACAGGCUUAAGAAGCUGCUGGUGCUGACUAAACUCUUCAGGCCCUCAUUUGAAAAGAAACUGUAGGUUAAUAUGGAUGGUGGAGCUAGGAUGAAGACCUUGGAUGUCACUGUUUGACAUGGCCUCAUGAUUUGGGCAUGAUGUACUUACAGAGUUCGUUAUGCCAUUGCAAUCAGAAUGACACAUUAGUUUAUAUUUUGGAGAGAAAAAUAUGAAUAAAUUAUUUUUUUAAAUUUAAUUUUAUUUGUCAGAUGGCCUUUUAAUGAAAUAAUCAGUGUUAAUAAUCUCAGAUCCCAGUUGAUGUAGUUUAAUAUCUGAUUAAUUUUGGCUGUUUUAUGAGCUAGAAGUAUUCUUAGUUUGAAAAGCAUAUCAGAUCCUAAGAAAUGGUACUGUAAACCUAGCAAUUAUCAAGAAUACCAAAUGUACUUUCUUUAAGGUUUGGAAAUGUUGAAAUGACUCAUGGCACUGGCAUAUUCAGUCAGGUGUAGCGGACACUAGUCUGCUUACUGUACAACAGCAAAGAAAAGUGGAUAUUGAUUAUAAAGGAUAGCCCGUACCUCCUUAUUUUGUUAUAAUCUGUCCCCUUGAUCUGUGUCUCAAGUGUGUUUGUGAUGAAAGUGUCAAAUAAAUAAACCGUUGUGCAUAGUAUGUCUGGAUCUCUAACAUUGAUAUGCUGCAUGAUCACAGGGCAUAUCGAUAUGCUGUAUGAACACAAGGCAUAUCAAUAUGCUGUAUGAACACAGGGCAUAUCAAUAUGCUGUAUGAACACAGGGCAUAUCGAUAUGCUGUAUGAACACAAGGCAUAUCAAUAUGCUGUAUGAACACAAGGCAUAUCAAUAUGCUGUAUGAACACAAGGCAUAUCAAUAUGCUGUAUGAACACAGGGCAUAUCAAUAUGCUGUAUGAACACAGGGCAUAUCAAUAUGCUGUAUGAACACAAGGCAUAUCAAUAUGCUGUAUGAACACAAGGCAUAUCGAUAUGGUGUAUGAACACGGCAUAUCGAUAUGCUGUAUGAUCACAGGGCAUAUCGAUAUGCUGUAUGAACACAGGGCAUAUCGAUAUGCUGUAUGAACACAAGGCAUAUCAAUAUGCUGUAUGAACACAAGGCAUAUCAAUAUGCUGUAUGAACACUGGGCAUAUCGAUAUCGUAUGUGACCAGAGGGUAUACCAACAUCAACUGCUGUACAGCCACUAGACAUGUACUAACUUCUGUCCUUAUGUAGUACUAUAUCACCAUACAUCUCUACCCUAUUGUCUGAUGUACUCAACUCAUGUCACUGAUGGUUUGCUUGAGGAGAUUGUAAUUUAAUCAUUUGGAAUAUUAUUUAUCUUCAAUUAUUUAGAAUGAGAAACUAUGUAUUACCUAAAUGUUAAGGGGCUGACUCUGAGAUACAGUAAUCUAAUAAAUUACUGCAGCAGAUCUUUCCUCUGUUAUGGUGGAUACAUUGAAGGGAUAUCAUGAAGAUGUAAUGGAGAAGUUUGUCACUUAACCAUUUUUAAUUUAUAGGCAUUAAUGAGACUUGUAUUGUAGACGGUGGUCUUUCCUUGAUCAAUCAACCCCUAUGUCAAUUGCUUGAAGCUAGUGUCUUCUGCUGUUGCUUUUUGUUUUCAGCCUUGGCUCAGAACAGACACUCAAAAAUGCGAAAAUCAUAUGACACUUAUAUGACCAAAUGAUUGGUGUUGUAAAUUAUGAUGAUGUCACCUAGAGCCUUGAUGGAUCCUCUUCAUUGCCAAGCUCAAUUAUCCAAGAUAUUAUUGUCCAUUUAUUUGGAUAUCUACCCAAGACCCUUCGCCACCAAAGCAUGGCUUCAGAAACGAUCUCAAUAUCUCACUAACUUAACAUAGGGUUUCUCUCCGUUAUUCGUGCAAUCUCAUAGGACAGCUAUUCUUGGUAGCAUGUCUUUUGAAUAUGGUUCAAAAGGAAACUAUGACAGCGUACAAGUCCAGGGUGUUUAUCAUAGUAAAAUGGAGAUAUAAUACACUGGAUAAUCGAGCAACCUUCAUUGCAGAAAGAAACUUCUAUGGCACAGUAGAUGGAACUAAGAGAUUCACAAGUAGACUACUGUUCUUAUCAGACACAGUUGGCUGCAUAGAGUUAACUCCCUUGGUUAUCAGGAUUAUUUGAGGCGGCCAGGUAGCCUAUUGGUUAAAGCGUGGUCACGCCGAAGACCUGGGUUCGAUUCCCCACAUGGAUACAACGUUUGAAGCCCAUUUUUGGUGUCACCUGUCGUGAUAUAGCUGGAAUAUUGCUAUUCUCACUCUCAGGAUCAUUCAAUCCCAGAAUCAUCCUGAUUAUGAUCCUUAGGUAUAUCCUUUGAUCGUGAGUUCAAGUCCCGGUCGCCCCGAUUAUGUUUCUAGGUUUGUCAGCACCAAACCCAUGCUCCUGGGCCUCAGCAAAGUGGUAAACAUGAUCGGUGUCAUGUUCACAAGACUCUCCCAUUCCCAUAUAUAACUGAAAUACUGUUGAACGAGGAGUUAACACAACUCACUCACUCACUCCACCAACUGGGAUGGAGUUCACCGAGCUAAUGUUGAUGGGAAUUGCUGCUUUUUUUAAGAUAAACAAUUUUUUUAUUACAAGUAGGUUUUGCUUGUAUUUUAGUAAGAAAUUCUUCAAAUUAUGCUUUGUUUUGUUUCUUUUCAUGUGAUGUAGAUGAGGGAUGUCUUGAUGAUUACAUUCAGUAUUGCAGUGAAUAUCAUGACCUGUGCCUUGGAAGGAUCUUCAGUGACUUCCAUAAACAUUCUUGUCUAGGGUGACUUAAUGAAGACAACUUCAGAAAACUUAUAUGUAUAGAAAAGAACACAUUAAAUUAGCCCUUGAAUAGCCAACACUCAUAUAGAUACAUCUCACAUAAGUUCUUCAUUGAAACAGUUAGAAUUUUAAGAGGAAACAGGAUUGCUAGUAUUGCAAUUUGGGUGAUAUUGAAGAUGGGUACCAGUUUUUUUUUGUUUGUCUAUUGCAUGUUGACAUAAACAAUAAUCUCAUUGGAUAUGUUUAACCUGAUGUUCAUUUUAAUAAAUUCUACUCAUUCAUGACAGCUAACAGCAGUGUAGUUAUUUAUAAACAAAAGUCUGCCCUUGUCCAUUUUCAUGUCUUGAAUUUAAGGAUAUCAAUGUAGUCCUGUGAUUAUGUCUACGGUAUUUGCCAUCUUAAGUGCCCUGUUUCUUAAGAACCCCUUGACCAACUUCAGGACCAAUCCCUAAGUAAUAUUUACAAGCACCCGGAUUGUUUAUAUGACAGUUCAACUUUUUUUUGGUGUAUGUUACAGAAUUAUUUCACAGAAAACUGCAUAGAAAGGGUAUAUAAUUUGGGAUGUAGAUAUUCUCAAAAACGUUUUAGUUUCAUUGAGUAUUAACUUACUUUAAUCACUACUUCUCAAUCGCUGAAAAAACAUUCAUGUGGUGUUUGGUUUCAAUAAGUGCCUCCUUUGUCUAUUUUAUAAAUGCCCUGGACACUUAUUAUGGCAAAUAUGGUAUGUCAGCUGAUGUCACUUGGAUACCCUUACCACAUGGAUCUAGUUAUUAUAUACUACUUUCAUAUUACUGUAGUUAAUGUGACAUGGCAUGACAGAUUAACUAUAGGAAUACGAAAGAAUCGAGUGGUCCUUAACUUUCUUUGAGUAGCAUGCUGUAGCCCUAUUGCCUUCUCAGUAUCACAAAUAAACAUUGAUGAACACAUAAUAUUCAUGUAUCAAUAUCUAUGUUAAUACGAAUUUCUCACUUGAUCUAGUUUAAGAAGUUAAAUUCAGUUUGUCAUCAUCAUUAUCAUCAUACACCAGACAACCUUCCUAUAAAUCACAACUGAUUCUUGAAAGUUGUUUUGAUGGCAAGUGAAGGCGAUCACCCAUUGAAUCUGUCGGUUAUUUGAAUGCAUGGUUGUUUAGUGUCUGUGCUGUAAAUCCUGCACAUUUUCUUUAUUUAAUUAUUAUUAUGAUGACUAUUAUUCACCAGCAAUAGAAAAUAGGUUUGUAUAUAAUAAAGGAAGUUGUCUUGUGAGUAUAGUGCUAAUUACGUCUGUGUUUAAAUUGAAACAAAAAAAGGAAUAAAUUUCUUGUAAAUAUGUGA